AAAAGAACCGGUUUUCGAUUCCCUUUCGCCGUCGUGUCCCAGUAGAUUUUGUUCAAAGUGUUCACUUCCUUUCCCGACAGGAAGCCAUCUUGACGGGCCUGCUGCCGGAGACCAGCUACUCACUGACGGUGGCGGCAUACACCACCAAGGGAGACGGCGCCCACAGCAAAGCCCGGCUGGUCACCACCACGGGGGCAGUACCGGGCAAGCCCACCAUGAUGAUCAGCACGACCAUCGGCAACACGGCGCUGAUCCAAUGGCAGCCGCCCAAGGAGAUGGUGGGCGAGCACAUGGGCUACCGGCUGCAGUACAAGCGGGCCGAAGAGGACGCCUUCGCCGUCAGAGACUUCCACAAGACCGACGACCACUUCACCGUCACCGGCCUCCACAAAGGCGCCACGUACAUCUUCAAACUGUGCGCCAAGAACCGAGCGGGCAACGGCGAAGAGUACGUGAAGGAAAUCAGCACUCCCGAGGACCUUCCCGCCAGCUACCCUCUCAACUUGAGUGUGGUGGGCCUGACCGCCACGGCCACCCGGCUGGCCUGGGAGCCGCCCGCCCUAGCUGAGCGUAACGGGAAGAUCGUCAAGUACGUGGUGGUGUACCGCGACAUCAACAGCCAGAACGAGAGCUCCGAUGCCACCGCGGAAACCCACAUGAGCCUGAACGGCCUGCAGCCGGACACCACCUACGACAUCCGGGUGCAGGCCUUCACCGCAAAGGGCGGCGGACCGCUCAGCCCCAGCAUACAGAGCAGGACCAUGUCUACCACAAUGCCCGUGUUCACCAAGAACUUUGGCGUGAAGGCAGUGACGAAAACGUCCGUGCUGCUGACCUGGGAUGUUCCUGAGAUCUUCGAGUCCGAGGUGCCCCUCAAGAUCCUCUACAACCAGCAGAGCGUGGAGGUGCGCGGUGAACACAAGAGGAAGCUCAUUACGCAGCUCACGCCCGACACCGAAUACUCUUUUGUCCUCAUGAGCCGCGGGAACAGCGCCGGCGGCCUCCAACAGCAGGUCUCCAUCCGGACCGCUCCCGACCUGCUCCUGAACAAACCUUCAGAGUAUCCGCAGGAUGUGGAGGAGGGCGGGAAAGUCAUGCUGCGGCUGCCCGGGGUCCCACCGGGAACCCCGUUCAGGUGGUUCUACAUCGUGGUGGUUCCGCUCACCCCAGCGUCCCUGAAGUGGGAGAACCCUGACGAUAUGGAUCUCCAAGCGGUGAAUGUGACCCCUGUUUUGUUUUCGCUUGCUGUGUCAAAAACAUGA